GGGGCACUGCCCCGCCCCGGGAGGGCGGGCCAGGCGGGCCAGGGGUAUUUGAAGGCAGAGCCACCGCCCCGCCGCCAGCGCCCGCACCACCUCGCCAGGAGCCACCCGGAGAGAGCAAGAGAGACGCAAGACAAGGGAAAAUGGCAGACAGUUUUUCGCUUAAUGAUGCCUUAUCUGGGUCUGGAAACCCAAACCCUCAAGGAUGGCCUGGUGCAUGGGGGAACCAGCCUGGGGCUGGAGCAGGGGGCUACCCAGGAGCCUCUUAUCCUGGGGCCUAUCCCGGGCAGGCACCUCCAGGGCCCUACCCUGGACAGGCACCACCUGGAGCCUACCCAGGGCAGACACCUCCGGGGCCCUAUCCUGGACAGGCACCUCCUGGUGCCUACCCUGGACAGGCACCUCCUGGUACCUACCCUGGCCCAACUGCACCUGGACCUUAUCCUGGACCUCAGGCACCUGGAGCCUACCCAGGGCAACCAGGUGGGCCUGGGGCCUACCCACCUCCAGGACAGCCAAGUGCUCCUGGAGCCUACCCUGCUGCUGCUGGCCCCUAUGGCACCCCUGCUGGACCACUGACUGUGCCUUAUGAGCUGCCCCUGCCAGGAGGAGUCAUGCCUCGCAUGCUGAUAACAAUUAUGGGUACUGUGAAGCCCAAUGCAAACAGAAUUGCUUUAGACUUCAAGAGAGGGAAUGAUGUUGCCUUCCACUUUAACCCACGUUUCAAUGAAAACAACAGGAAAGUCAUUGUAUGCAAUACAAAGCUGGAUAAUACAUGGGGAAAGGAGGAAAGACAGUCGGUUUUCCCAUUUGAAAGUGGUAAACCAUUCAAAAUACAAGUCCUGGUUGAGCUUGACCACUUCAAGGUUGCAGUCAAUGACGCUCACUUGCUACAGUACAAUCAUCGGAUGAAAAAUCUCAGGGAAAUCAGCAAACUGGGAAUUUCUGGUGACAUAAACCUCACCAGUGCUUCACAUGCUAUGAUAUAAUCUGGAAGGGGCAGAUACUUUAAAAAUAAAAUUGAGUCUAAAUUUUACACAUUUAAAGGUUUCAUAUGAAAAAAUUUUACCUUUAUUCACCAAUAGCUUUCUUGUAAGCAUCCAUUUAAUAAAUAUUCUUACGCUAAA